CUUCCUCUAUAUUUAAACCUUCUCUCUCUCUCUCCAUCGUCACAAAAACCAGAGAAGAAACAAAAAAAACAAAAUCAAUAAUUCUAGAAACGAUGUCUUGCUCCGUCGCCGUUUGUAAUUCUCCGGUGUUUUCACCGUCGUCGUCUCUAUUCUGCAACAAAGCUUCGAUUCUCUCUUCGCCGCAAGAAUCUCUUUCUCUAACUCUUUCUCAUCGCAAACCUCAAACCUCUUCUCCUUCUUCUCCUUCCACCACCGUUUCUUCUCCUAAAUCUCCGUUUCGUCUCCGUUUCCAGAAACCUCCGUCCGGAUUCGCUCCUGCUCCGUUAUCGUUUGGAUCUGAGUCUGUUUCUGCAUCGUCUCCUCCGGGAGGUGUUUUGAAGAGGAAACGACCUACAAGGCUUGAUAUACCGAUUGGUGUUGCUGGAUUUGUAGCUCCGAUUUCGUCUUCGGCGGCUGCUGUGGCUGCGACGCCGAGGGAGGAGAGUAGAGAGGUUGAGAGAGAAGGUGAUGGUUAUUCUGUUUAUUGUAAGAGAGGAAGAAGAGAAGCUAUGGAGGAUCGUUUCUCUGCUAUCACCAAUCUUCAUGGAGAUCUUAAACAGGCGAUAUUUGGAGUCUAUGAUGGUCAUGGAGGAGUUAAAGCGGCUGAGUUUGCGGCUAAGAACUUAGAUAAGAACAUUGUAGAAGAAGUAGUUGGUUUAAGAGACGAGUCUGAGGUAGCUGAAGCGGUGAAACGCGGUUACUUGACAACAGAUGCAGCGUUUCUUGAGGAGAAAGACGUUAAGGGUGGUUCGUGCUGUGUCACGGCUAUGGUUAGUGAAGGGAACCUUGUUGUGUCUAAUGCCGGUGACUGUCGUGCUGUUAUGAGUGUAGGAGGUGUGGCUAAGGCUCUAUCUUCUGAUCAUCGUCCGUCUAGAGACGAUGAAAGGAAAAGAAUUGAAACCACGGGCGGAUAUGUUGAUACGUUUCACGGAGUUUGGAGAAUCCAGGGAUCUUUAGCUGUGUCGAGAGGGAUCGGAGAUGCUCAACUUAAGCAAUGGGUUAUAGCUGAACCAGAGACAAAGAUCUCGAGAAUAGAGCAGGACCAUGAGUUCUUGAUCUUGGCAUCAGAUGGUUUAUGGGAUAAGGUGAGUAACCAAGAAGCAGUAGAUAUUGCUCGUCCCUUAUGCUUAGGAACCGAGAAGCCAUUGUUGUUAGCAGCAUGUAAGAAGCUUGUCGAUCUCUCGGCUUCACGAGGCUCGUCGGAUGAUAUCAGUGUGAUGUUGAUCCCUUUGCGCCAGUUCAUAUAGAAGAAGAGAGGAUUCUUAGAAGACUUUAGAAUAUAUGACGUUAGAAAUU